UUUGUUGGAAAUUUAUAAUGAACAAGUGCGUGACUUGCUGAAUGCUAAAUCAAUGACUGUGAAAGGAGGCCUCAAGGUCAGACAACAUCCAUCCAAAGGAUUCUAUGUUGAGAAUCUGACAGCAUGUGGUGUCAACAGUUAUAAAGAGAUUGAUGGUAAGAUUAAUGAUGGUACCAGAAACAGAACUGUGGCAGCCACCAACAUGAAUGCUACCAGCAGUCGUGCCCACACAAUUGUGGCUAUCACAUUCACACAGAAACAGCCAAAUGAGACAGGACAAAGUAUGACAAGAACAUCAACAGUGAACUUGGUAGAUCUUGCUGGAAGUGAGAGGGCAGACUCUACAGGGGCUACAGGGGACAGACUUAAGGAAGGUUCAGCCAUCAACCAGUCCCUCAGUUCCCUUGGAAAUGUCAUUAAGGCUUUGGCUGACCAGUCCAUGGGGAAAAAGAAAGUUGUUGUUCCAUACAGAGACUCCACCUUGACAAGACUGCUACAGAAUGCCCUUGGUGGAAACAGCAAAACAAUUAUGGUGAGGAUAUACAUAUUCUAUUUCCAGUAAUUAAAAUGUCCCCA